AUGUUGGGAGAUCUCCCCGCGGAGCGCAUAAUACAUCUAACGCCCUUCAGCAGUUGUGGUGUAGACUUCUGUGGUCCUUUGCUGACACGUCCCAGCUACAGGCGCGGGGGAGUGUCAUACAAAACGUACGUGUGUGCAUUCGUCUGUUUUACAACAAAGGCUGUUCACUUGGAAGUGGUUGGCUCACUCACCACAGAAGGAUUCAUUGCGGCAUUACGGAGAUUUGUGGCACGGCGUUCGGCUCCUAAACAUAUUUAUUGCGAUAAUGCUACUAACUUCCGAGGAGCCAGCACAGAACUCACAGAUUUAUUCAAGACACUGCCCUCGGAUCCAAGCAUCUUGCAAGAGACGGCAGAGAAAGGAAUCUCAUGGCAUUUUGCCCCCCCGCGAUCGCCCCAUCAUGGCGGACUUUAUGAGGCUGUCAUUAAGUCACUAAAGUUUCACCUCACCAGAGAGAUAGGUCAAACAAUAUUAACCUUUGAAGAGCUGACCACCAUUCUCACUCAAGUCGAGGCAAUACUUAACAGUAGACCUCUCACACCAUUAUCAGAGGAUCCAAAUGAGAUGUCGGUACUGACGCCGGGGCACUUUUUGGUGGGUCGACCACUCAACGCCUUGCCAGAGAAAAGUCUCACAGACGUAUCUCCCAGUUCAAUCUCACGAUGGCAGCUCUGCCAAAAAUUACUGCAACAUUUUGCAGAAAGGUGGAGAGUGGAAUAUUUGCACACCCUACAGAAAAGAUCCAAGUGGAGUCAAGAAUCGCCUAACCUUCAAGUGGGUGACCUCGUCUUAAUCUGCGAUGAUGCAUCUCUAUCGACGUCAUGGCCAAUGGGAAUCAUAGAAGAGCUUCACCCAGGUCGAGAUGGCAGAUGUCGGGUUGUCACUGUGAGGACCAACAAGGGAUCAUAUACGAGAGCUGUGCAGAAAAUUGCAAGGCUCCCAAUUGAGGGAUUACCACCCUCGGAAUAG